AUGGCAUCUGCAAAUGCUAUUUCAACUGCCUCUAUCCUGCCCUCCCUUUCUAAACAAGGGGGAUUGAAGAAUAGAAGAGCGAACCAAUUGCAGCAGGGGCACAAGUUCAAUUCCAAGCAAGCUAAGAACCGGUUUGUGGUGAGGGCUGCAGCUAAGGAAAUUGCAUUUGACCAGAAAUCAAGGUCCGCCCUUCAGGCCGGAAUCGAUAAGCUCGCCGAUGCUGUUGGUCUCACUCUCGGUCCCCGGGGAAGAAAUGUUGUCUUGGAUGAGUUUGGUGCCCCAAAGGUGGUUAAUGAUGGAGUGACAAUUGCUCGGGCAAUAGAGCUGCCUGAUGCCAUGGAAAAUGCUGGUGCUGCUUUGAUUAGGGAGGUUGCUAGCAAGACCAAUGAUUCUGCCGGUGAUGGUACUACAACUGCAUCAGUUCUGGCCCGUGAAAUCAUUAAACUUGGUCUAUUGAGUGUUACAUCAGGUGCAAAUCCUGUUUCUGUUAAGAAGGGUAUUGAUAAAACCGUGCAAGAUUUAGUUGAAGAGCUUGAAAAGAAAGCUAGGCCCAUCAAGGGCCGUGAUGAUAUCAAAGCCAUUGCUACUAUCUCUGCUGGAAAUGAUGAGAUCAUUGGAACAAUGAUUGCUGAUGCAGUCGACAAGGUUGGACCUGAUGGUGUCCUAUCAAUUGAGUCAUCAUCUUCCUUUGAAACUACUGUUGAUGUAGAAGAAGGAAUGGAGAUUGAUAGAGGAUAUAUCUCUCCACAAUUUGUUACCAACCCCGAAAAAUUGAUAGUAGAAUUUGAAAAUGCAAGGGUGUUAGUAACUGACCAGAAAAUUUCAGCAAUCAAGGACAUCAUUCCAUUGCUUGAGAAAACCACUCAGUUACGUGCACCUCUACUCAUUAUUGCUGAAGAUGUCACUGGAGAGGCAUUGGCGACUCUUGUUGUAAACAAGCUGCGAGGAAUCCUGAAUGUUGCUGCCAUCAAAGCACCCAGUUUUGGAGAAAGAAGAAAGGCUGUUCUUCAAGAUAUUGCCAUUUUGACUGGGGCCGAGUUUCAAGCUAGUGAACUAGGUCUGCUUGUUGAAAACACUGAUAUUGAUCAAUUGGGUAUUGCAAGAAAGAUAACCAUCACGAAGGAUUCCACAACCAUCAUUGCUGAUGCCGCAUCAAAAGAUGAAAUACAGUCUCGGAUUGCCCAACUGAAAAAGGAGCUAGCUGAAACUGAUUCGGUUUACGACUCUGAGAAACUGGCUGAGAGAAUUGCCAAAUUAUCCGGUGGAGUUGCAGUUAUUAAAGUUGGUGCUGCAACAGAGACAGAACUUGAGGACCGUAAACUUCGUAUCGAGGAUGCCAAGAAUGCUACAUUUGCUGCUAUUGAGGAAGGCAUUGUGCCUGGAGGUGGUGCUGCUUUAGUUCAUUUGUCGGCUUAUGUUCCUGCCAUUAAGGACAAACUUGAAGAUGCAGAUGAGCGGCUAGGUGCUGAUAUCAUACAGAAGGCACUCGUGGCACCCGCAUCUUUGAUUGCUCAGAAUGCCGGGAUUGAAGGUGAGGUAGUGGUAGAGAAAGUGAAGGAUAGCGAGUGGGAGAUUGGUUACAAUGCAAUGAUUGACAAGUAUGAGAACCUAGUCGAAGCAGGAGUUAUAGAUCCUGCAAAGGUGACAAGAUGUGCAUUGCAGAAUGCAGCUUCAGUUGCUGGAAUGGUUCUUACCACACAAGCCAUUGUUGUGGAGAAGGCAAAACCUAAAACUCCAGCUGCUGCUCCUGCCCAAGGCCUUGCAGUGUAA